GCCCACAUCCCAACUUCUUCAGCAUCGGUCCCAUUUCAGGACAUCUGAAAGCGUGCGUAAAAAGACCAAUUUAGCGAACGCGUUCGGCAUGCGGCAAUCGCACAGAGACACACAUAAACACUACCGAACCAGGAUGAACUUCGACUGGGUAAUGGAUUAACGCGGCAGAGGUAAAACGCGUAGCAUAGUCUACACCAUGAACUCCAGAUGUCAAUGUAUUGGAAGAGAACACCCACACGCGAGGAGAUGACUCACAUUUUAAAGUAGUCGAAGAAGCGCGCGCCGGUGCGGAUGGGGAGAUUUGCGCGUGGGAAUUAAGGCUUUUCUCGGUACUUAAAGCCCGCCAAAGUGAUUUUAUGGAGACAGUGAAGUGCGACCUGGACUCCGCCGUAUGGACAGAGAUAAGUGAGAGAGUCGCUGAUAGGAGACAUGGAGCGCGUGUUGGUUUCACUGGAGCACUGGCGCGCGUCUUCAUAAAGUGCGAGACUGUGAAGCUGGCAAGUCGGUAAAACCACUUGUUCUUAUAAACCGAUAGACAGGGAACUCCUCUAUUUCUAAAAAUAACCAGUGGUCGUUCAUAGUCCAAGCCGAACAAGAGGGGAUAGAAUAGACGAGAUUCAACGUGAAGCAAAAUCUUCGAAAGAAGCAAUUCGGUGAGAAGAUGCGUCAACUUGCCGGGAGAUUUGGAAAGGUCUUGAUGAUUUGGCUUCUACUUGUCGCUAGUGUUGUGACGGGCUUCCCCACCAGACACAAGAACGUCGCCCACAGACUGCACCACAACGGCCUGUCUCUGGAGACCCAGGCUGCUGUCCAGAAGGAUGAGGUUCAGAACAUGGCUCAGGAACCGGAGGAGCAUAACCAGGUCCAGAGUAUCCUGCCUGAGAUCCACGGGCUCAAGAGGAGGGGCUCCCUAUCACCACAUCGCUCGGUGGGGGUCCUGCCCCAGCCGGAACCAGAAGAAGAGACCAAACCCUUCAUCCUGGACCUCAAGAACUUCCCAGACCUGGCCAACGCUGACAUCAGCUCUCAGAACCCCAAUAUACAGGUGACCAUCGAAGUGGUGGAUGAGCCCCAGAUGGAGGUGGAGAUGGACCUGUCCAAGGAUAAGGACUGGCAGCCGCCCUCUGCCCCGUCCUCCACCAUCGACUGGCUGGGUGGGAAGAAGCUCUUCUGGCCUCUCUUCUGGGGAUACACCGAUGCCGACUCCAGCGAGGACAGCACUGGCCGCUCGGGUCUGGACGACAUCGGAGAGGAGGAGGAGGAGAUGGAAGAGGAGGAGGAAGACUACUCCUUGGACUAUGGCAGUGAGGAGCCCCUUCCCAGUGGCGUAGGAGGGGACUGGGAUAGCCGCUGGAACGAGGGCUGGGAUCCAAUGCAGAGCUACUAUGAGAAGGAGACAGAGGAUUGGUCUGCCUGGACCCCCUGCUCGGUAACCUGUGGCCAAGGAGAACGCAAGAGAACCAAGUCGUGUGGCUACUCCUGCACCCUGACCGAGGCCUCCAGAUGUGACCAGGAACUUUGUCCUGAUGAUGUCAACACGUUGGUGGAGCCCUUCCCCUUUGAGAUGGAGAACGGCACAGAACCCUUCGGGACAGACGUGGACACCUGCGAGAAGUGGCUGAGCUGCAAGAGCGACUUCCUCCAGCGCUACCUGCACCAGGUGCUGUCCGAGCUGCCCGGCUGCCCCUGCUCCUACCCGCCGGCGGCGGCCUACGCGGUGGUCAGCCUCCACGACGAGGCCCGCGGCCGGCCCUUCCGGUGGCGCGACGCCAGCGGGCCCGCCGAGCGCCUGGACGUGUACAAGCCGUCGGCGCGCUCCUGCCUCCGCUCCACGCUCUCCGGCGACUCCUCCACGCUGGCGGCGCAGCAGUGCUGCUACGACGAGCGCGGGCGGCUGCUGACGCGGGGGAAGGGCGCCGGCACGCCCAACCUGAUCAGCACCGAGUUCUCCCCCGAGCUGCACUUCAAGGUGGACGUGCUGCCCUGGAUCCUCUGCCGGGGGGACUGGAGCCGCUUCCACGCCGUGCGGCCGCCCAACCGCGGGCUGGCGUGCCCCGAGAACCCUCACCAAGACGUGUUUCUGAACGAGCUGGAGGAGGCCAGGGAGUACUGAGGGAAGGGGGGAGGAAGGGAGAGAGAGAGAGAGAACACAGCCAAAACCUCCACUUCACCCUGAGAUCCCGAUGGGCCGGUCCCCGUAACACGAGAUGUGUGUUUGGGGGGGGGGGGGUUCCCUUUGUUCCCUUUUAAGGUUUUAUUAAAUAUGUCUUCUAAAUCAUGCAUCUGUUAUUGUCAAAGCGUUGUUGGCAUGCAAAGACAUACGGUGUUGGAUGUUUUGGGUGGCUUCAAAGUUAGCGGUGAAGGGUUGGUGGUCGGAGGUUUCUGACGCAGGUGUCCUGAUUUCAGACAGGAACCGAGCUAUGAACUGAUUCACGUGAAUAUAACAAAACAAUGCAGUAUCAUACCGGUGCUUGCCCCGUUUACACAUCUGGCAUGACAUCAGGCUUUUUUGUUUAGUAUAUUUUUGUGCAUGUAAGCAGGAUGUCUACCUGCUGGCAGUAUUUUUUGUUGUCUUUUUGAUUGUGUCCUGGAACACAAGCGGUCAACAUUUGCAACAUGUGGUUACCAUCUUGACUGUGUGUUUUACCGUAGGAAACGAUGAGUCGGUUUCAGUAAGUGCAAAGUGCAGAUUUGAACUAAUUAUUUAUUAUAAUGUUUAUUGCUACUCUGGCGAAGCUGCUUAAAUUAAAGCUAAGCUAGUUUAGAAUUUCAAGGUCGGUGUUGAUGAAAGUACUCGGGUCAGGGAGGACGGAAAUAAGUCAAACUAAUUUGACCAUAGAAUAAUUCGCGAAUUUUAGAACAUGAAGCAUAGUGAAGCAUGGUUAAGGAAAAGUUGGUUCUUAAAGGUUUAAAAUCUCCUAUCAAACAUGUCAGUAUUUCAUAAUUCAUAAUUUCAUAACUAUUUCUAAAGUAAAUUAAUUAAAAUAACGUUUAUUCCCUUUACUAUUGUCUCAUGCAAAUGGCUCCUUGUGUGCUACACUAGCCUCAUCUAUGUGACGUGGAGGUUAAAGCUGCUCUGGAAUUCCAACUGACAUCAGGGUGAGGAGAUAACAAACUCUCAUUUUGAGGACUUGAACUUUCCAUUAAUUAAUCUCUUUGGGAAUAUAGACGCUUGUAAAUCAGAUCAAACCACAAGGAUGGACAGUUCAGGGUUCAGGGAGUGAGACAGUAUUUUCAGUACUUGUUCCACCCAAUGCAUUGAACCGGCUGACUCCACUCAUUAAAUGCACUUCUUAUUCUGGGCUUUUGCUAAUUAGUCAUUCCAGAUGGUUGAGCUCAAACAGAUUAGUUAUCGCUGAAACUUGAGGUUAUAAAUAUCAAGAGAUGGAAUUAAGUCUAAAACAAAAACCAACUAAGGAAAGGGCUCCAAGUAUGUAACUGUGAUUCGAGAGUGAUGUUUUUCAGCAUCAAUUAGGACAGCAAGAACCACAACACGUAUAUGUCCAAUGGUCUUUAAUGGUCUUUACCUUGUCCCCAGAGCACAAAUUGUCCCCAGCGCAAAAAGUGCAUUGAGUGUAUUCAACCGGUUGAAGCUCGAAUUAGGUUCACUCUGGAUCAGUAAUGGUGUUAAGAUCAUUUAUUUUGUGUGUUAUUAUUCCAGGUCGUUGAAUUCAUUUUUUUAUACAUGUUGUUAUAUGGGAGUACUGCGGGGGAUCGACCACAUAGAGCUUAAAUUAACAGACCGGGCGAUCCUUUUGAAAUAAGCCUCCUCAUGAUUUUAAUUACAAGAAUAUUAGGAGAGAAAGAAGCAAUGAGAAGUCAUUAUCACUGUCGAGGCAUCAUGACAAUAUUCAGUCUUUUAAUUAUGUGUAUUAUUUUAUAAUUAUUACUAUCAUAUUAUUAUUGGUAUUAUUAUUAUAUUAUAAUUAUUACUAUCAUUAUUAUUAUGAUUCCUGUGUCAACAUUGAUGAACACAACUAAAUACCAUGAUGCUCUGGGAAGAAGCCCUUCUAUCUACUCUACUUCUAUGGGCUGACGCGCCCAAACUAUUUCAGGAUUUUUUCCCCAGAUGUAUGCUAUCAUUCACACUGUUUGAUCACCGAUGAUGAAGGAAGGCACUUUAUAUAAAUUAUAUAUAUACAUAUAUAUAUAUAUAUAUAUAUAUAUGUAUAUAUAUAUAUAUGUAUAUAUAUAUAUAUAUAUAUAUAUGCAUACUAGAUGUCGUCUUAUAUUUUAAUAUUCCAAAUAUGAGUGUAUAAAUAUAUAUUUCUAUCUAUGUUUGGAAUAUUAGAAAGAGGUUUUCAAAAAGGGGAAAUUGCUCCUGUCCUCAAAAUGCUUAUCAAGCUGUUCUAUUGUCGAGAACUUUUUAUUCUGGUGAUUUCUAAAGAGAAAAGAACAAAAAUAUAAAAAAAAAACAUAGCAUUACGUAUAUGUUCUUACUUCUUGUACAGUAUUUAUUUAAUUUUCUUUUUUUUUUAAGUUUGCUGAAGCUUUGAAAUGACUAUACACAGAAGUUGGCGCACCGCUUGGACUGGGGUCAGUGGUCACCAAAAGGGAAGCUGCCUUGAAAGCCAUGUUCCUCACCGCCAUCAUAUCAAGUGUCUGGUGAUUCUGUUGUAUACUUACAGUGUGUGUUCUGUGAAUAUGUUGUUAUGCAGUUAUGUUGAAGAGAUAUAUACAUUUAUAAACAUAUAUAUAUAUAUAUAUAUAUAUAAAUACAUAAAGACUUUGCAUUCAUCCCCUGGCUCAUCAUGGUUGUUAUUGGUUCUGACUGAAUUGGUAAGAAAUAGUUAGAUAGAUUUGCUGAUGAUUUUAUUAAGCCGGUACUUUUGUCCAAAGCAACCUUGGAUACAUGUAAUUUAAGAGCAGGUAGGGGGCUCUGAAAUCAUGCUCACAGGUAGACUGGUGACCGUGGGAAUCGAACAACAAACCUUUCGGUUGGGAGUCAGUCACCCUAUGCUUCUACACUAUCCUAAGUAAAUGUUAAGGUUCAUGAAAAAUCUCAACUUCUUCGAGUCCAGUACUAACUAGCCUGGUCCUACCAGACUCUCGUACUUUCCUUUGUACAGAGAGUCAACUGAAGGGAAAUUCAAAUUGAGCGGAAGUACUUAGGCGGGCAGAGCCAGGCUAAGUGACAACCUCAUCACAUUUGUGUUUUGUUUAGUCUGAGAUGUGGUCUAACACCACAUCUUCGUCACAAUCGACCAUAAUGGAGGCCAGAAGCCCUUCAAAUUUACAUUAAAAUGUAUGUUUCAAUUGGAAGAAAGAACAACUAUUUAAACUAAUAAAAAUGGAUUUAAAUGACUUUCACAUUCAAAACUCAAUAAUUCAGGAAAAGCCAACAUGCCUCUAUUAUUUAAUGAGGAGGAGUGUAAAGUAGAACAUUUUUAAAUAGUUGAAUCGCAUUUGUGUUUAGACGUUGUGUGCAUUGCUGACAUCUUUGAGGAGAAGGUAAUGUGAGGAUAGGAUAACAUUUAUUUCUAUUAAUUAUCUUUAUUCACUUUUUCAGGGCCAAGGAUGAUAUCACUGGCCAGUAAUCUUGGAUCAAGCUGCAGUCCUUCUAUUUUAUUAUAGCAGGACUUCAGGGGU